GAUUCAGUGUCCUCCCGGAGGAAGUGGAAGAACAUGGUGUACCUGGCCGAGGUACAGAGGCCGCCGCUGCCUAAGCGAAAGAAGAAGGAACCUCUGAUCUUCACAGACGAGGACUAUCCCCCGGUCCUCAGCCCUCACAGGGAUGCUUUGGUGAUAAAGGUGGAGAUCAAUAACGUGGUUGUUCACCGAACUUUGGUCGAUAUGGGUAGCUCGGUCAACAUCAUGUACAGCAAUACCUUUAAGGAGUUGGGGUUGUCCCGGAGCGACCUGAAACCAAUCCAUACACCACUAUCAGGGUUCACAGGGGAUACUAUAGAGGCUGAAGGAACCAUCACGGUGAAGGCCGGGGUGGGAGAUGGCACCCACCGGCUCUGGAUCGACAUGGAAUUUAUGGUAGUGCAGCUCGACUGUGCACACCAUCUGAUUCUGGGACGACCAGGGGCGACCAAAAGCCACGCCCGGGUCGACGAGAAUGUAAGCACGAUCUGCGCUGCAAUCCAGAAGGAGGAGGGGCAACCGCGAGCUGAGCCAGCGGAAGAGGUCGAGGAAGUUUCUCUGGACCCAAUCGAGUCAGAGCGGAAGGUGAAGGUAGGCAAGACCUUGUCGCUUGAAUUAAAGGAGCAGCUACUGGGGGUUCUCCGAGCAUUCAAGGUGCUAUUUGCUUGGGGGGCAGAGGAUAUGCCAGUGGUCGACCCAAAGAUCAUCUGCCAUAGAUUGGCAGUAGAUCCGACCCACAAGCCGGUCAAGCAGAAAAAGCGUUUUCUUUCCUCAGAACGGAGAGAGUUUGUCACCAAGCAGGUGACCACCCUGCAGUCCAUUGGGCACAUCCGGGAAGUCCGUUACCCGGAAUGGCUGGCAAAUGUGGUCCUCGCACCCAAAGGGAAU